UUGUAAGGGAACAUAAAUUAAAGUAUAUAUGUAUGCAUGUAUUCAUUGAUCUAUCAGCAUCCUCCAAUAGAUCUCUGUGUUAUUCAUCAUGUCUGCUCCGUCAUACUCUCAUCACCAGGCUUCCGAUGUAGAGGGAGGGAGCCGGGCGUCGCAGCCAGAUGAAAAUCCUGGACGCUUUUCAGGCAAACUCCGAUCUUGCUAUGGCUGCCUUCCGCAGCCCUUGCGAAAACUUCUGCAAUGGCUGAGCCAGAAAUUCGAUAUCGAAACCAACUGGGGGCGAGGGCUGUAUAUUGCAGCAUAUCUGAUCGUCAUCUUGAUGCAUCCUUUGCGUUACUACGCUUAUGUGAUCAAAUCUGAAAAAAAUUGCCUGGAAAUUGACAAUGAAUUGUACGCCACCAUUGGCCCCGUUGUCAUCCUCAAUGCUUUGAUGCUGCUGUAUGCGCCGAAUUUUUUCAAAAAGCUGCUUGAUCGAGCCCAUAGUUCUAAAACGAUGAAGUAUCAUUUCGUCUUCACUCAAAUACCAGUCUUGUUUAUGACAUUGACAGUGCUUCCUGAUUUAACAGCAGGAACGGAAGACAGGAUCUUCUUGACGACGGCUAACUUGUUUCUUUUCGGAUAUAUUCUACUGGUUAUCGGACUCUCAUUAACAAUUAAACAUGCCAUAGAGAGCAACAGCAGUAGCUUUGUUGCUAGACAAAAGUGGGUAAAAGCUGUAUACAAUCUCUUUCUUUACCUGCUUGGAGGCCAUGUAUUUGGUGCUUUAUGGUACUCUUUUGCUAUCGACAGAGUUUUGGCAUGUUGGAGGGAGGAGUAUUUCAAAAGGAAUAACUUUAACCCUCAAUCUUUCGUCUGUCGUGAUCAGCAUAAGAACAAAGGAGGGCUACAUUGCCGUAAAUUAAACGCUACCGAGAUCAAAGGGUUUGGAAUUUUCGAUGAUGCUCUUCAGUCUCACAUUGUGGAUCUGGAACGGCAGUUCUUCAAAAAGUUUUUAUACUGUUUAAGAUGGGGCCUGCAAGCUCUCAGCUGUUUCGGCCAAAACCUGUCACCAAGUACGUUUAUCAUGGAAAAUAUUUUUGUGGUUUCGAUAAUCAUCUAUUCCACGGUGCUGUUUGUCUUCUUAAUCGGAAAUAUGCAGAGUUACCUGACAUCCGAAGAAAAAUCAGAUAAACAGAGGGGACAAGAGGAGGCAGCACGUAAAAAAGGAGAAAUGCCGAUACAUGAGGAGAUGACAUUGUUUCAGGUUCAAGCGCCGGGGCAAUCGACUGAAAUGUUGCAGAAACAAACGGCGGAGCAGUGCUUGUCUUUCCAGAAACUCCCUGAAAAUUUGCAAUUGGAAGUGAUAAACAAUUUGCAGCUGAACAAAUGGCGAGAAACCAAAGUUCUUCAUGUAGAAACUUUGAGCAAUAUUCUUCCAGAGGAUCUCCUAAGGGACAUAAAGGUCCAACUUUGCCUGCAGCAGUUGAGGAAUGUCGAAGAGUUUCGAAACUUGGGAGAACCAGCGUUAAAGGAUCUAUGUUAUCAUGUCAAGCUAGUUUUCUAUCUUGACCGCACUCUAAUCGUCAGGGAGGGAGAGCCAAUUAACGAGAUGCUCUUCGUGCUGCACGGUGAACUCCAGACUCGCAACUCUAGGGGCCCUGAAUAUUUGAAGGACGGUGGGGUCUUUGGGAAAGAACUUGUCACUUGGUUUAAAAAUCAGGCUGAAGUCUGCUCAUGCAACCUCCCAGUCUCACAAAGAACUGCUCAGGCGUUUACCAAUGUGGAAGCCUUUGUUCUUAUGGCUUACGACUUGAAGAAAAUAUUCAGCAAGUACAAUCAGUAGCAAGCAAAUUAAACCUAAGAUGAUUUCAGAAAGGAAAAUACUUAUACGUUGAAGAGUGAUUCAAAAAAUAAGUUGCUGCACAUUUUUUUAAUUUACUUGUAACGAGUAGCUUUUAGUCGAGCUGGAUCAUCUGACAACACCAUGCUGGGAAACCUUAGACCUAGUCAGUGGCCCAUGACUACUAUACUAUGUGAAUCAAGAGUUUACCGUUAGAUUUCGAACCCAUCCCUUCUUUGUUGCUUGGGGUCUGGUUUUCUGUUAUGUUAUUAGCCUCUUUAUAGGCACUUAAAUUAUGGAUGAAAAGUGCAGCAAAAAUUUAUUCAGU